AUGGCGGAACCUCCACAACAACCCCUUCUUCGUCUUGAAGGCACCGAUUCCAGAAACAACCGAGUCAUGUCUCAACUCACUCACUCUCUCCUUUCUCAACUCAAUCCUUCUCUUCCUUCUUCCACCCUCGCACAACGCUCUUCUUACAUUCAAUCUCGCCUUCAACACCUUUUCCAUAACUUUCACACCCCCACUCACCCUCCUUAUGCUUUGAUGAUAAACAAGGCGAUUGUGGAAUUGAAUGACGAAAGUGGAUCCACCGUCAAGGCGAUUUCGGAGUUUGUUCGAAGAGAAUACGAGGAUUUACCGUGGGCUCAUUCGAGGAUUUUGAGUCUUCAUUUAGGGAGAUUGUGUGAGGUUGGGGAGAUUGUGUGCAAUGAGAAUGGGAGAUACAUGUUUCCCGUUGGUGGCUUGGAAAAGAAAGAGAAGGAGAAUGAGAAAGAACGGUGUAAGGGUGGCAGGAAGAGGCGGAGGAGCCGUAAGAGUAAUCGUGAAGGUAUUGAGAGAGGGAUUCAGUUGGCUUUGUUAGAUAGUGACAGGACGGGUGAGGCUUCGACGCAGGUCGCUGAGAGUGAUGAUCAUUUGAUUGGAAGUGUUGAGGAAAAGGAAAAACUACAAUCGAAAAAGGGGAUUCAACUUCAGAUGGUAAGUAGCAUAGUUUGUGCAGAAGGGUCACCAGAGGGCGUAACAUCUACCGGUUCAGGAAUAGAAUUAUCAUCGCAAACACAGUUGCAACCUCAAAAAUCCGAUGACAUUGAUGCAGAUGUAACAACUGCACUAGUUUCUGCGAAUGUAGAUGAUGAUGAGCUUCCUCGGGAUUACAGUCAAGGGAAUAUUGAUGGAAGCCUUGAUGAGAACCCGGUUAUCGAGUGUCUUGAUCAGAUACAGCCAAUGCGAAAGCGUUCCAGAGGCAGGCCUCGUAAAUCAGAAACUGAUGAUGCAAACUGGCAAGAGAAGCCGUUGCUGCUUACACAGGGACCAACCAAAAACAAGAGGAAUCAGAAUGGUCAAACUAGAGGUCCAGGGAGGCCUAGUAAGUUAAAGAAAAAAGAAGAGAGGCUAAGGAAGAAAGAAGAGAUGUUGAGGGAAAAAGAAGAGAAGUUAAUGAAAAAAGAUCAAGCUACGCUGCAUGACUGUGAAGGGAAAUUAAAGAAAAAAGAUCAAGCUAAGUUGCCUGAACGUGAAGAGAAAUUAAAGAAUGAAAAUCAAGCUGGUCAUGGACGUGGUCGUGUUCGAGGUGAAGGGAGGCCUCCUAAGCCCAAGGUAUGUGAUACUGAGGCACCAAUUGCUGAAGCCACAACCAUGUGA